UGGUCAAGUAUUAAGUGUCAUAUUAAGUGUCAUAAUUAAAAUCUUCACCCUUUUAAUAUCAACUCAUUGGCUAUUAAAAUUUAUUAGUGCCAUUAUUCAGUUGCAAAUUAAUGUCCAGGCUGACGCUGAAGAAGCACAUUGGCGCGUGAUACGCGUUACUUUUCUCAUCAGUAGUUAGGAUGCACCAUUCACAGUAGCAUGUGAUUACUGGAUGAAGCUUUUCGAAUGUGAUUUUAUAGAAAUUACUGUGCCGAUGGCAGUGCACCCUCUUUCAUUGGCUCAUGACAGCAACUGAGUGGAUGUAAUAAAUACAUAUUUCAUCUUCUGCUCUGCUGGAUUAAAUCUACACAAUCUGUGACAGAAGUCAGCACAACACACGCAGAGUGACAUUUAACCCUCAAUGAUUGUGCGUCAGUUGACGUGUAGGGGGCUGACCUCUCACCUCUGUGCGGUAGUCAGACUGAACUGGAGCGCUCCAAAGAUGGCUAGACCAAGCUCAAAUUUAGCAGAGUUUCGUGUGGAUUUUGCUAAAGCCAAGCAUAUUGCUAUCAUUACGGGGGCCGGAGUGAGUGCAGAGAGUGGAGUACCAACUUUUAGAGGACAGGGGGGCUACUGGAGGAAAUGGCAGGCACAGGAUUUGGCAACCCCUGAAGCUUUCUCUCGAGAUCCUUCUUUAGUAUGGGAAUUUUACCAUUACAGGCGUGAGGUUAUGAGCAGUAAGAUGCCAAACCCAGCCCACCUGGCUAUAGCGGAGUGUGAGUCCCGUCUGAGCAAGCAGGGGCGCUCUGUUGUGAUCAUCACUCAGAACAUCGAUGAACUGCACCAUCGUGCUGGUUCCAAACAUGUCUAUGAAAUCCACGGUAGUCUAUUUAAAACCCGCUGCAUGAGCUGUGGAGAAGUCAAAGCCAACCACAAGAGUCCAAUCUGUCCUGCUCUGGAGGGGAAAGGAGAGCCUGAUCCCAGUGCCAAGGAUGCCAGAAUACCAGUGGAGCACCUGCCCAGGUGUGACAGAAGUGGCUGUAAAGGAUUGCUGAGGCCUCAUGUGGUUUGGUUCGGAGAGACUCUGGAUUCAGAUAUUCUCAGCGCUGUGGAGCAGGAGCUGGAAAAAUGUGAUCUCUGCUUAGUGGUGGGCACCUCCUCCAUAGUUUACCCAGCAGCCAUGUUCGCUCCUCAGGUGGCAGGUAGAGGAGUGCCUGUAGCUGAAUUCAACAUGGAGUGCACACCUGCUACUAUGCGCUUUAAAUAUCACUUUGAGGGUCCUUGCGGUGUCACACUGCCUCCCGCCCUGGAACACCACGAGAGCGAGGCCAUUUAAGGAGAAAGAAGGCAUGACCCAUUCGUUCAUGCCCACUGCAUAGAGCACUUUAACUGAGAGCACAUGGGAUUGGUUCAUGCCUUCAUGUGAUUGGUUUUUCUAUGGUUUGUGUGCUAUGAAUAUUUAGUGCAAAGGCUGAAAUUAAAUUUUAAAUAGUGUCUUUUUGAGUGUUUGCUUGGCCUGUGUAGCAGCAUUUUGUGCACGUUGUAUUUCUGGCAUUGGAUCUUAGUAGAUUUGUUCCAGUUGAUUCAUGGGUAACUUCUUAGAUUAUCUACAGUGUUUCCACAGAUGUGGAUUACCUGGGAAUUUAAAAAUCAUAAUUUCCAGACUCAGAAAAGUCAAGGAAGAUAAUAGUUUCAAAGAGUUCUGGAAAUUUCCAUCAUGAGUAAGUUUUCAAUAUGUUCAGCUCUGAAAUAAUUAAUCAGCUAAAAAUAACUGGCUGGAAAAAUCAUGAAAAUUGAUUGGUCAAAUGUUUUGGGUACUCUGAAUGUACAUGUAGGACUAGACACUAAUGCAAUAAUGAUUUUGAAUGAGCUGUAUCAGGAUGAGCACAGACAGACACAAUGGAUGUGGAGGCAGAAGUUUUAUUUUAAAUAAAAUAACCAUAGAAUAAAGUGUCCAACGGGAAUACUUAAAAACACAGGAGUACAUGAACAAGAUUUAUGACUGGUUUACCUUUAAAUUCUAUUGUUAGUGUUAGGUUAUUAAAGGGAUAGUUCACCCAAAAUUAAGAUAUUUUUGAUGAAAUCCGAGAGCUUUCUGACCCUGCAUAGACAGCAACGCAACUACGCAUGUGUCGUUUUACUCUUGUGUACACACUUCGUAGACUGAAACGGAAGAGAAGAAAUUGCUGCAUGAAGUCAUUAUUUGUUUUCUUUGCACACAAAAAUAAUUCUUAUAACUUCAUAAAAUUACGGUUGAACCAUUGAACCAUUUUAAUGAUGCCCUUACUACGUUUCUGGGCCUUAAACGUGGUAGUUCUGUUGCUGUCUAUGCAGGGUCAAAAAGCUCUCAGAUUUCCUCAAAAAUAUCUUAAUUUGUGUUGGAAAGACAUGAGGGUGGGUAAUUAAUGACUGAAUUUUCAUUUUUGGGUGAACUAUCCCUUCGAGAUUAAAUGUGAAAAACAAAAACAAAAAAAAAACUCCAGGUUUGCUUUACUUCUUUGUAACAGGGCUGCACAAAUUGGCCAACAAUAAUUAAAAAAUGAAUAUAUAACAAUAUGACAUUUAAUAUGAUAAUAUUAUUAUUAUUGUUUUAUUAUAAUAUAUAUAAGUGCUGUCAAAGUUAACGCAAAUUAAUUUUAACGGCACUAAUUUUAUUAACGCGCAAUUAACGUUUUCUGUUUGACCCGUGGUCUAGCCCAUAGUUGGAGAAAUGGAGAUGCACAGUGUUGCCAACUUAGCGACUUUGAAGACCCCUUUAGCGACUUUUUCCCCCUCUUCAAAAAAGCGCCUAGCGACAAAUCUUUAGGGUUUGCCCAAACCUUAUUUAGUUUCUGAGACUUGCUGGUACUGCCGCGCAAGCGCGAAGUCUUGCUGUCCCAGCGCGCGCACAUCUCUCUCUCUCUCUCUCUCUCUCUCUGUGCGUCUGCUCUGUUCAGCGAGAGGCGGAGAUGAGCAGCGCUUUCAGAUAAACACAAAUAUUAUGAUGCUUCUCUAAUUUUACAUGCAAGUAUAGCCGAAAUCACAGCACAGCUAUUGUCAGCUAUUGAUUUUAUCAGACGACGGCUCGAUUAUCAGGAUUUUUGUGCAGAUUAACAUCUUGGAAAGGAGAGCUGUAUGGAGUGAAAACAUCCUGUGUGUGUGUGGAUCUCUGUGUGUAUGGAUCUCUCGCGCGCAUGUGUGGAUUGCAGUGUGUAUGGAUCUCUUGCGCGUGCAUUUGUGGAUUCGUGUGCGUGCGUGUGGAUCUCUCGCGUGCAUUUGUAGGAGGUUUUGAUACUGUUUUCACUCCAUAGAGCUGGUUAUGUAGCCUAGUCUUAAUGGGUCGCGUUUCAGUCACUAGGGCCUUUCGCAUCGCGGGAACCUUUUCAUGGUACCCUAAUUGUGGAACUACCCACUUUUGGCGUGUUCGCACCGCAGGAACUCCGUUUGGAGGAAUUAAAAAUUAGCUCCUACUUCAGAGCAGGGUCUAAAACGGUUCUACAGGAACUAUCAGUGAUGUAAGUGUACGCUGAUGGGCCAAACGCACGGGAAACACCGGCUACCCGGCAUUUUUAAAAAGUCAUGUAAACAUAUUUAGCCUACUCCACGAACAUGGAAAACAGUGAUAACGGCAUUUACCUGUUGUCUGCAGUGUUGUGCUCUUUUCUCAGCUUCGAUGAAGCUGUAAUAAAGAAUUUAUUCUCUUAGCCCAACUUUUUGCUCUUGCAAUCGCGUAAAUUGUGCGUUGACAUUCCAUCUCCGUUAUCACGAAAUCCCGACACAUCAACAAAAACAGCUCUGAUCACAGCGUCCUCUACUCACCGGUUUUUGACGUUUGUUAAAGCCACGCAAAAAGAUCGCUGUCGGCCGCUUCAGAGUUCCUGCUGCCGGGGCGAACGCAACCAGGAAAACGGCCCGAGGGAGCGACUGGUUCUCUACCCUGCUGGCUAGUUCCUAGAACUACGCGGUGUAGUUAUUUCAUAUAAUAUUUCAUAUUCAUUCCGUUGUCUGACAACAGAAACAGUAAAAUAUAUCAAUGAAAACAGUUUAUUGAGAAUCUAGCUGCAUCAAAAUACAGUAUGAUGGCACAGAGAGGCAAACAAAUCUAAUAAUAAAUAAUAAAUGUGCAUUUUGCAUGUUCAGAGGAAGUGAGCUGCCCUGUCCUGCAAAAAUGUGAACAGGUUUGUGUAAGUAAAUUGCUCAGUGCAAAGAAAGAGAAGUAACGGGAACCUGGAAUUUAUUUUUUCCUGUGUCUAAUAGACAUGAACAAGUUUUUUGAAAAACAUCUAUGACCUUUGAAACAUGUCUUAUGCUUCUUUAUGCUCUAUGUUGACUAUGGUUUCAAUAAUAAUAAACAUACAUUUGCAUAAAGCAUC